AUGGCCCGGGGAGAGCCUGUGGAUGUCUCCUCGUUCGCAGCGACCCAACUUGCGCUGCUUGACCAGGAGCUGCAGAUUGAGAUUCAAGAAACUGGCACGCUGGUCUCUAGCCAUACGCCCACGGCUCUGCAGCGGGCGGGCCUGGCCAUCACCAAUCUCACAGUGUCUUCGCAGCGAACCGGCCUCGGAGGCAGGACGGUGCUCGAUCUCGGCCCGGAUGCGGCGACAUCUACCACUGGCGACCUGCCCGAGCAUGGCAUCCGGACGGGCGACAUUGUCCUCGUGGCGGAGCAGCCAGCAGGCAGUGCCAAGAAGCGAGAGAUCAAGGAUCUCGAGAGCAAGGGGGCCAGAGGUGUUGUCAUCAGGGUCCAGAAGGGAAUAGUUGCCCUUGCUCUGGACGAGGGCAAGGAUGAGGUUGUGUUCAAUGGUCGAGUGUGGAUUGUUAAGCUGGCAGAUGAGGUGACAUAUAGAAGAAUGAAGCAGACUAUGGAGAAAUUGCAAAACAUGACCGAGCCGGAAUACUCGAGUUUUGUUAGGGUGCUUUUCGGCCUGUCUACUCCCUCGCCCGUCCCUAAAGACUAUUCUAGCGAUGGCGAUCUCGGGAAGAUCGAAUGGAUCAACCCACAGCUGAAUGAUUCCCAAAAAGUGGCCAUUCAGUUCGCGCUGGCCUCUCGCGAGGUGGCGCUGAUCCACGGACCUCCAGGGACUGGGAAAACUCAUACUCUGAUCGAGCUGAUUCUACAAAUGGUCAAGCGAGGGCAGAGGAUUCUGGUCUGUGGGCCGUCCAACAUCUCCGUUGACAACAUCGUUGAGCGCCUGUCCCCACACAAGGUCCCUAUCCUUCGACUUGGUCAUCCUGCCCGCCUCCUCCCGUCGGUUCUCAACCACUCUAUGGAUGUCCUUACCCAGACCUCCGAGGCCGGGGCUAUUGUGAAGGACGUGAGGGCAGAGAUGGACGCUAAGCAGGCAUCCAUAAAAAAGACCAAGAGCGGGCGGGAGCGAAGAGCCAUCUACGGUGAGCUGAAAGAGCUGCGGAAGGAGUUCCGCGAGAGGGAGAGGAAGUGUGCCACUACCCUCGUCGGCGGGAGCAAAGUUGUCCUCGCCACCCUCCACGGCGCCGGGGGCUCCCAGCUGCGGAACCAAGAGUUCGACGUGGUGAUCAUCGACGAGGCCAGCCAGGCUCUGGAGGCGCAGUGCUGGGUUCCGUUGCUCUCUGCCAAGAAGGUUGUGUGCGCCGGCGACCAUUUGCAGUUACCACCUACGAUCAAGUCGAUCAAUUCGAAGGACAAGUCGGGAGGAAAAGAUGCGGCAAAGCCGAUCCGGGGCAUGACCCUCGAGACGACCCUCUUCGAUAGACUGCUCAAACUGCACGGUCCUUCCAUAAAGCGUAUGCUGACGACGCAGUACCGAAUGCAUGAGAAAAUUAUGCGUUUUGCGUCUGACGAGCUAUACGAGUCGAAACUUGUGGCUGCGGACGCUGUCAAGGAUCGCCUUCUGAGCGGCCUCGAGUACGAUGUGGAGGAGGGAGAAAACACUACAGAGCCUCUUAUAUUCAUUGACACACAGGGAGGAGACUUCCCGGAACGGACUGAAGAGGACAGUAAGGAUGGCCCGAAGAAAGGUAGGGGAAGUUUGCUUGGGGAUAGUAGAAGCAAUGAGAUGGAGGCUGCUCUGGUCCGGCAACACGUCAAGGAACUGGUCGAAGCUGGCGUCAAAGCGGAGGAUAUUGCAAUCGUUACCCCAUAUAAUGCCCAGCUGGCUGUAUUGGCUCCCCUCAAAGAGAAAUUCCCUGGCAUCGAACUCGGCAGUGUCGACGGUUUCCAAGGCCGUGAGAAAGAAGCAGUAAUUGUUACCCUCGUCAGGAGUAACACAGAGGGAGAGGUGGGCUUCCUGUCGGAGAAGCGGCGGCUCAACGUGGCAAUGACCCGCCCCAAGCGAUCUCUGACAGUCAUUGGGGACUCGGACACAAUCAAGAGGGGAGGAAAUUUUUUGAAACGGUGGAUGGAGUUCUUAGAAGAAAAUGCAGACCUCAGAUACCCUGAUGCUUCGGCCCUUUCCUUGGAGGCUUGA